GUCAAAUAUCUGGUUCUCUCGAGCCUGUUAGCUCUUCUAAAGGCUGAAGUGGAUAUAUCAGAGCCUUGUCUGCCAGCCUUGUCAUCAUCACCGUCGUCGUCCUCGCCGUCGCUGUCUCUACAAAGCUCAUAUCGAAGUCUCUUGCAUUCUCUACCACUCGUUCUCGUUUAAGCUUUGGCUUGCCACUCCAAAUCUGCUCAGCGGGCCUCCCACCAAUCUCGAUCCUCCUGCACGACCAAUCUUUUGCUCCCCGACGAGCCCGAACCACCCGCUCGUGCCCGUCACCGUCUUUGGUCAGGUAAGGAAUGAUGGACACGAGGUCACAAGUUCGCAUUUCAAUAGGCCCACGACCGGCUCUCCGGAGUGGUUUUGAAGACACUUGGCCCUUACCCUGAGUCGAUCUCUUCCAGUUAUUACAUCCACCUUGUCGAUUCCCCCGGUCAUGAGACAGGACAGCUGAGUCCGCCGAGUACCUGGAAGGAGCAAAAUACAUGAAUCUACUGCAUUCUUACACGCUAUCAAGUCCUCUACAUGCAGCACUGCAUUCUUAUCUACGUGCAAGCUUCAUUCGCACACCGCCUUGGUCGUCCCUCCCACCUUAUAUCUCUCCUCGUCCACUAUCCUUCGCCGAAUUCCUGCCUUCGUCUCUGAUUUCUCACGGGUUUCUCCUUCGUCUCCCUUUGGACCGUCUGCACCAUCUUUCAAAAUAUUCGUUCUGCAAUCCAAAAAUUUUCCAAGAUGCUAUCAUACCAACCGCCGCUCAGUGCAGCUGGUUCCUACACGCUCAAAUCAGAACCAGCGUAUGCAUCCCACCAUCAUGACCAAAUCAGUCUGAUAGACCCAUGCGAUGAGUUCCACCGCCUCGUUCGAGCUCUCUCUGACGUCCUUGGCCCUUCUUCGGGGAUCAACUCUGAUGAUGUGGACGAAAAUGACUUGAUCCGCCUCAUGGAACAAUACACUUCCCAGGAAAGCCAGUGGCGCCAUUACGCCUUUGCCGACACCAGCCGAAACUACACCCGCAACCUCGUGGACGAAGGAAACGGCAAGUCCAACUUGUUAGUGGUAGUCUGGAACCCAGGAAGGUCUAGUCCGAUACACGACCACGCGGACGCCCAUUGUGUGAUGAAGGUCCUUAAAGGCAGUCUCAAGGAAACACUGUACGCCCUUCCACCUUGCUUGACCGAGAAGACGGCGUCGGACGGCACCUUGACACCACCACAAAUUGUCAAAGAAUCCACGUACCACGAAAAUGAGGUUACCUACAUCUCCGACAAGAUUGGUCUGCACAAGAUAUCCAACCCGUCCAACGAUGAGGCCGCCGUAUCCCUCCACCUCUACACCCCGCCUCAUGCGGCCAAUUUUGGCUUUAACCUCUUUGACGAGAAGACAGGGAAGCCAACGCACAUCAAGCAAGCAGGCUUCUUCUCGGACCGGGGAAAGCCCAUCGAAAAGUGCAAGUUCGGAUCGUUUUGAGCGUGGUAUUUUCGACCAACGUCACCGUCCCUUACAGUUUGCCACAAUCCAGAACACCCAUUAGGGUGCCCGUUGAUUGCCAGGUGUCUCGACGACAUUCGCGACGGUGUGUCAAGUGGGUCCUACGUCUCCAUGAUUUGAAUGGUCUCUGAAGAGGCCUGACCGUUUACGAGGGUAUAGGAAGGAACUUGAAGAUGAUUUCUUACUUGGGGUCGAUCAGGCAUCCAUGACAUGUAUCCAGCUCUCAAGUGGUUGGAAUACAUAUACGAUGCUACCACGUUCAUUUCUCUUACAGGGACAGGAUAGGGAAGGCGAUCGGCGUUGGGGAAUAAUGUUUAGUCAGAGCCAGAACUUAGAAGAACCCAUUCUAUACUUCUGGAGACGUAUCCGAGAAUUAUCUCCCUUUGGUUUCUUUUUGG